AUGGAGCGUUUAUCUGCAGCAAACACACAGUUCUCUCUAAACCUGUUCAAGAAGAUCAGCGGAGGAAACACAUCAGGAAAUGUGUUCUACUCUCCGAUCAGCAUCUCCUCGGCUCUCGCCAUGGUGUCGCUCGGUGCAAAAGGGGAAACAGCAGCACAGAUGUUAAAGGUUUUGGGUUUUAACAAUCCUGCCAAGCCUGAUGCCGCGACUCCAGCACCUCAUCAACAAGCCCAGAAGCCCCAGAUGUCCUGCGGCGUCAAGGGUCAACAUGAACCAACAAUGAUGCAACAAACCCAGAAGUUUGAGAUACCUGCCGAACUCAAGAAAUAUCCUGCUCAGCCCACACCUGGACAAAAAACUGAGGACCAAAUUCAUUCCAGCUUCAACAAGCUCAUGAGUGAACUGAAGAAACUAGGAGCCCCGUAUGUGUUGAGUCUUGCCAACCGCCUCUACGGAGAACAAUCCUACCAGUUUGUUGAGAAAUUUCUUAAUGAUGCAAAAAAAUACUAUGAAGCCGGACUGGAGGAGGUGGACUUCAAGAAGAAAUCAGAGGCUGCACGUGUCGACAUCAACAAAUGGGUGGAGAAAAACACUCAAGAAAAGAUCAAGAAUUUGCUGCCACGAGAAAGUGUCAAUGAUGCGACAAAACUGGUCUUGGUGAAUGCCAUCUACUUCAAGGCGAACUGGGAGAAGAAAUUCCCAAAGGAAGCCACCAGAGAUGGACAGUUUAAGCUGAACAAGACUCAAACUAAACCAGUAAAGAUGAUGCGACAGAAGUCAAAGUUUCCUCUGGCCUUCAUCCCAGAGAUGAACAGUCAGGUUCUGGAGCUGCCGUAUGUUGGGAAUAAUCUCAGUAUGUUGAUCAUCCUUCCUAAUGAGAUUCAAGAUGAAACCACUGGCCUUCAGAAGCUUGAAAAGGCACUGACCUACGAGAAGCUCAUGGAGUGGACCAAACCCAGCAAGAUGUUUCAAGAGCAAGUUCAAAUAUCUUUACCUAAAUUUAAGAUGGCAGAAACCUAUGGCAUGGUGCAGUUUCUGAUCAGCAUGGGAAUGGAAGAUGCCUUUGACCUGCAGAAGGUGAAUCUUUCAGGCAUGUCGCCCAACAACGACCUGGUGGUGUCGAAGGUGAUUCAUAAAGCCUUUGUUGAAGUAAACGAGGAAGGAACCGAAGCGGCUGCAGCCACCGGCAUCGUUAUCGAAACAACCUCUAUGCCAUUAGACCCAAAAACCUUCAUUGCAGAUCAUCCCUUCCUUUUCUUCAUCCGGCAUAAUCCCUCCAACAGCAUUCUGUUCUAUGGACGAUUCUGUUCUCCUUAA